GGCAGCAGCAACAGUAGCAGCAACAGCAGCAGCGGAGCAGCAGCAGCGGGCGGAGGGAUGAGAGGUGAGGUCACGUCUCCCCUGAGCCCAGCGCUGGCUUUUCAGAGCUUCUUUUGGAGCCCCCGACCAGAGUCCGCAGCUUCGGCACUCGUCCUGUGCUGCCCCCGCCUCCUCGGCCUCUCCCAUGUCUCAGCACGACCCCGUAUCGAACUCCAAGCGGGCUUUGGACGGCAGUUCCGAGACCCACAUCGAGGAUGAGGUCCCCGAGGAGGAAGAGGAGGUCCAGAUGCCCCCCAACUACCUGCUGCUCACCAUUUUGUCCUGCUUCUGCCCCGCAUACCCCAUCAACAUAGUGGGCUUCGUCUUCUCCAUCAUGUCUCUAAACAGCUUUAAUCAAGGUGACAUAGAAGGGUCAAAGAGAUUGGGCCGAAAUGCCAAGUGGGUCGCCAUUGCAUCAAUCAUCAUUGGCCUUUUGAUCAUCGUCAUCUUUUGUACGGUCAACUUCACAAUGGAAAGAUAAUCUGAAAGCCUGCAACUACUAUGAAGUAUCAACAGCAUCUGAGAAUGGCAGACCGGGUGUUCCUGAAGAGUGGCCCUUCAUUUCAGACUGUCAGAUUCUAUCGUUAUCCUCUCAGGCUUUCCAGAGGCAGGUCCUUGGUGAAUGAGCUAAGCAAAAUCCAAUGUUUAUGACAUAUGAGGGGCAUGACAGAUUAGCCAAAGUAUUUAUUUGUUAAAAAAAAAUAAAAAAAACACCUCCGUUUGCCAUCAGCCACCCAACCUUUAUCCUCUUUCUCCUUUUCUUCCUUCCCAUCCUCUUCCUGCUCCACUCUUCCUUAUCUCAGGUACAGUGGGUGCUGAUGACCCUCUGGAAAUCCCAGUUGCUUUCCAUUCAUGUGGAGAAUUUCCUAGAUAUUGGGGUCUUAUUUCCUAUGAUCCCCAAGACCCAGAAUUGAUGCUGUUUACAAUGAAUGGCGUGUUUAUAGGCUAUUUUAGUAUUACCUAACCCUAAAAACUCAGUUAAAUUUGUGACUUUUUUACAUGUUCAAUCAAGUUUCUGCUUGAAUUACCAUAAUCCUUCCUCCCUCAGACUUCAGUUCCUUCAUUGAUUCCUGUCCAACUCUCAACUACUCCCAACCACUCAACCACCUUUUGGUCCUCGAACAUGGCUUUCCUUUUGCCAAAUAGGUGUCUCCUACCUUUGACACCUUCAACUAUUGGACAAAUUGGUAAACAGCUAUCCACUCCUCCAAUAUGCCCUGAGUAUAUAUUUGGGCUCCUCUCCAAAUUAUGCCCUUCAGACCUUUGCUUCCCUUUUGAAAGCAGCUGACAGAAAAUGCUUUUUUAAUUUCUUCUAUACUAAGCCUUCAGCAAGAUCCUUGAUUUCUUUAUAUGCUGCCAAAAUGUUGCUAUCUAUCUAUUCCCUGCUGCAUUUCUUUUCCAUCCCCUAUGAGUCUGAGUAUACCAACUGACGACACCAUUUUUCUGCCUGCCAGGAUGUGCUAAUCCCAUUAGUCUUGUCCAAAUAAAAAGGACCGAGAGAAGGGGGAGAGGAAAGUAUAGCCUAAUUGGAAACAAAGCCUGAACUGGGACACUAGUUCUAGAUUUGAAGUUAGUCACCUGAGGCAAGUCUAGGCCUUUUUUAGAAGUUUUUAGAAUCUGGAAAAUGGGGAUAAUAAUGGCUGCCCAAUUUACAAGAUUAUUGUUGGGUGGAAAGGAUUUGAGAUGGAUCUGGAAAAUUCAGAGUUUCAUGUGGAUAUUGAUUGAUGAUUAUUAGCAAAUCUCAGGUUUUAAUUAAAACCUUUGACUCUACUGGAAAGUCAAUGGUCCUCAAAUUUCAACAUUCAUUUCACUAAGAAGAAGCAGCAACACAAGCCAGCCCUUGUCUCAUGUGAGCAUUUGGAUCAGAAGCCCUCUCUGAGCCCACUGAGGUGAAGAAUCACCCCAUCUCCUCCUUUGAGUCCUCACUGCCCUGUUUCUGAUGUCCUGGUGGGCUUUGCUCCCUACCUUUUUGUUGGUUUCUUCUCAUUGUUGGCUCUCUUCCUGAUUGCAAUGAUGGCGUUGCUGGGAUGCACAAUAAAAGUGGUUUUAACUAAA